UGCGUGUCAACUAUUCAGGACAUGCUAAGAGUUACUUUUACCUUUUGAUUUAACUGAUGUGCAGUUGUUUUGUUUGUUAAACGAUAAUGAAUUAACUCGCUACUAUCUAGCAGGCAAUGCCGAUUACUUUGAAUAAAUGUGAAAUGCCAUCCUCCCCAAUUCACCAUAUGGUCCACGUUCGCGUAACCGGAACUGAUUCAUUUUCUCUGGUGUUUGUUUUGAAUUAUUUAGCUACGUCCAAUAAUACGAUAUUACUGAGGAUUAUAAGAGUUGUGUCACGAAAAGGGGAAAUUAAAUCUUAAAUAUCCUCUGGAAGAACGCAGCGUUGGUUUGGGGGAACCAACUGAAGCGACGUUAUCGGACUGAGUCAGGGAUGGACAGAGUCACAGGAAGAGGUCACGUCGAGUAAUGCUUCCCUCUCGCAUAUCUGCGUCGCGAUUGCUGCGACCAAAACAGUACGGUUUUCCUUGCCAACCGUUCUAGUCGCUUCUCCAUAAUCCAGGAAAAAAUAAUAGCACUACCAAUACAGGAUUAAAAGGGUCGAAUACGUGUAACACUGCGCAUAUCGACCGGUGGUGGAAGGGGCAGUGGGCGGGUUUGUACGGCUAGCUAGCUGGUUAGCUAACGAGACAAGCUAUGGCUGAGGUUCCAGGGACUUCGAGCGAGACGAUAACGGAGACAGUUCAGGCGGACACACCGCCACCGCCCCAACAGGAGGGUCGCAGCCUGACAAUCAAACUGAGGAAGAGGAAGACUGAGAAGAAGGUGGAGUGGUCCAGCGACACGGUGGACAACGAACAUCUGGGGAGGAGGUCCUCCAAGUGUUGCUGCGUUUACGAGAAGCCGCGGCAGUUCGGGGAGUCCUCGUCCGAGAGCGAGGGAGACGACGACGAGGGCUGCGGGAGCGCACACUGCAUUCUGGGACACGGCAGGGAACGGCACGGACAGAGACGGGGAGGCGGGUCCACAGCGCCCCCUAACGCUGGAGGACCAAACGCCCACUAAGACCGGGCGAGACGACGGGGCGGUAGAGAUGAGGAGAUCGUGAUGACAAUUACACACACACACACACACACACACACACACACACACACAUACACACACACACACAUAUACAUACAUACACACAUACACUCACACACACACAUACAUAACACAGUUAUACCCAUUCAAGUUCAGUUCAGUCACUGUAAUGAGGGG